AUAAAAUUAAAAGUGUCUUAGUACAAAAAAAAAACACAAAAUGAAAUUUUUUUGCAGUGUAUUAUUUGUUUUAGUGGCAAUCUUAGCUGCAGCUAAUGCUCAAGCUGCAGUAAAAAAAUCCAAAUCUGCCGUUAAUGAAGCACCCCAAACACUUGAACGUAGAGUUCCAAUCUGGUUGAUUGCAAGACCAGUACCAUUUCCACAAUUACCUAAAGAAGAAGAAAAUAGUGCAGCUGACGAACCAAAUGAAGGUGAUAAUGAAGUCGAUGAUGAGAAUGAUGACGAUGACGAGGAUGAUGAGAAUGUUGAGGAAGAUGGUGCAGAUGCCGAAGCUAGUGACGUUGACGUUGUUGAUGAGCUGAAUGAUGAUGAUGUUAUUGUAAUUGAUAUUGAUGACCCAGUUGAAUCUAAUAAAACAAUCUAAAUGAAAUCCAAUAGGUUCCAUUAUCAGAGCAAUAAGAAAAUUCAUUAACUUGUAAUCAAAUUUUAAUAAAUGCACAAAGUACAA